CUUCUCCAAGUUAACAACUCGAGUCUUAAAUCUUCCUUCUUUAUAUACAAUUACACGAGCAACACAGCCCUUUUCAUAACCACAAACUAAAACCAGUUCAGUACAAAUAUACGUUUUAAUAUGUAUAUCACACGAUUUCUUUCUCAAUACAAGAGCAAUCCUGAAGCUCUUUAUCUGCCUCCUGAGGGUCCAAACUCGGGUUACUUGGUAAUCCAAGACGAAGAGUCUGAAACUUACUCGUUCUUCGGUCUGUACAAGAAUAAGUAUCUUUUAAGUCUGCCAUUUCCUCAGAACAAAGCACUAACCACACGCUAUUCAUCGGGGACUGGUAAAAGAAAACGUGUUUUUCACAAUGAAGUUCUUUUUAUUCCUGUUCUUGAUCAGCCGUUAUCUUCAAACCUUUACUACGCGAUAAAACCACAUGGAUCUCAUAAAGGGGAAGCGUUUGCAUGUUCGAAGGAGGAAGACAUGAUGUCAUGUUGUCUAUGUAAUUGUGUCAUUGAUGUAAACCCAAGGCCAUUGGACCCAUAUGACGUGUAUCAACAAUUUGAGAUCAUUCCUUACGAAACAUUUUUUAAAGGUGAUGGUAGCUUUUAUGCCAAAUCUAUUGCGGAAGAUGGUUACCCUCCAAAUUUCUUAAGGAGAAAAGGUUGGGAAAUAUACACCAAAACACCUACAAACUAUGAGUUACAUGAAGCAAAAGGAAUCGAUGAUGCUCUUCGUUCACGCCUCCCUGAAUUUAGUUUCCCACACUCGACCAAAACUUCUAACUCGGUGGUUGUUGGCAAGUGGUAUUGCCCUUUCAUGUUCAUCAAAGAAGGCAGAUUGACUGAUCAAGUGAAAACAUCUAUUUUUUAUGAAAUGGCACUUGAACAAAAAUGGGAGCGAGUUUUUGAACAAAAACACGAUCAUAAUAAUAAGGGAAAUGUUGUGCAUGUGAAAGUUGCAUUUCCUAGUGAAGUGGUUUUCAUAGGUGAAGGUUGGAGGGAGGCUGUAUGGGAUGAGGGAAACAUGGUAAAUGGAGUCCUACAAUUUAUAAGUCGUGGGGAUAAUAAUGGGAAUGAAGAAAUUGUAGGGUUGAAUAGAGAAGUUUUUGAAAGAAUGAGGUGGGAAGAAGAAAGAUUUGGAUGGGGUGGAGGUAGGGAGACAAGGAUAGAGAGUAUUAAUAGGAAGGAGAAGUUUGAAGAAAUCGGUGGGUGGAAGAGAUUUGGUUGUUAUGUAUUGGUUGAGAGAUUUGUGCUCAAAAGAAUGGAUGGAAGUUUAGUUUUGGCAUAUGAUUUCUAUCAUGCACGUCACAUUAGGACUAUAUUUGAUUAGGAUUUAUACUUUUUAUAUUACAGUAAGAUAAUGCAAUAAUAUUGUGCUUUUUGUAAUAGCUUAUGUUAUCUGUCUAAUGAGAUUAGAGUUUAAUUAGUGUUCCAUUACUUGUAUUAUGCAACGAAAUGAAUACACAUGUAGAUUACUGUUGUG